AUGACUCAUUUGCAGGCAGGUCUGUCCCCGGAGACGCUGGAGAAAGCCCGGCUGGAGCUGAAUGAGAACCCGGAUACCCUGCACCAGGACAUCCAGGAGGUGCGGGACAUGGUGAUCACUCGGCCGGACAUUGGCUUCCUCCGCACAGAUGAUGCCUUCAUUCUGCGCUUCCUGAGAGCCAGGAAAUUUCAGCACUUCGAGGCGUUCCGUCUGCUGGCCCAGUACUUUGAGUACCGGCAGCAGAACCUGGACAUGUUCAAGAGCUUCAAGGCCACUGACCCCGGCAUCAAGCAGGCGCUGAAGGACGGCUUCCCCGGCGGGCUGGCCAACCUUGACCACUAUGGAAGGAAGAUCCUGGUCCUGUUCGCUGCCAACUGGGACCAGAGCAGGUACACACUGGUGGAUAUUUUGCGUGCCAUACUUCUUUCUUUAGAAGCCAUGAUUGAAGAUCCUGAACUUCAAGUGAAUGGAUUUGUUUUGAUUAUAGACUGGAGCAACUUCACCUUCAAGCAGGCCUCCAAACUCACACCAAGCAUGCUGAGAUUAGCCAUAGAGGGCCUUCAGGACAGUUUUCCAGCUCGGUUUGGAGGAAUUCAUUUUGUCAAUCAACCAUGGUAUAUCCAUGCCCUCUACACAGUUAUACGGCCCUUUUUAAAGGAGAAGACGCGGAAAAGGAUAUUUCUGCAUGGUAAUAAUCUCAACAGUCUGCAUCAGCUAAUUCAUCCUGAGAUCCUACCUUCUGAGUUUGGAGGGAUGCUGCCACCCUAUGAUAUGGGCACAUGGGCGAGAACUCUGCUAGACCAUGAGUAUGAUGAUGACAGUGAAUACAGUGUGGACUCCUACAGCACUCCUGCAAAAGAACUAGAAAAGGAUCUCUCUCCCAAAUCCAUGAAGAGAUCUCAGUCAGUUGUGGAUCCUGGGGUGCAAAAACGCCUGGAUAAAAAUGAGGAGGAAAACAUGCAACCUCUGCUUUCACUGGACUAA